GAAACUUAAAAUGAAAAUUUUUGAGUUCUUCUCCAUACAACAUUUUAACCAAUCAAAUUUGUAUAUUGAUUUUUAAAAAAAUUAAUUUCUCCCUAACCUUCUUAAGGUCAGUAGUCUAUUUAAAGAAAAAAAAAAGAAAAAGAAAAAGAAACUGUAAUAGAAAUAAUAAUGAUGAAGAAUUAUAGAUUGUAUUAUGAUGUGGAGGAAAUAAUUUAUAUAUUCAUUACCAACAUAUUUAUGAGUUGAACAAAAAAUUGAACAUCUUGAUUCCUUCAUUCAUUGUUGGGAUAUUCUUUUCAUCAAUAAUCAAUAAUCAAUAAACAAUGAUUUAUAUACCUGGAUUAAUUGCAAUUAUUGUAUUCUAUUUAUUAAUAUUAUUUGUUGGAUUAUGGGCUGCACGUAAAGGAAAAACUAAUAAUUCUACUGGAACUGAUACAGAAGAAGUUAUGUUAGCUGGUAGAAGUAUUGGUUUAUUAGUUGGUAUAUUUACAAUGACAGCUACCUGGGUAGGUGGAGGCUACAUAAAUGGAACGGCUGAGAACACUUAUAAUCCAACUCAAGGUCUUGUUUGGUGUCAAGCUCCAGUUGGAUAUGCGCUAAGUUUAGUAGUGGGUGGAUUAUUCUUUGCUAAUCGUAUGCGUACUUUGGGUUAUGUUACAAUGCUUGAUCCAUUUCAAAAUAAAUAUGGUGAGCGUAUGUGCGGUCUGCUUUUUAUUCCAGCAUUACUUGGUGAAGUAUUCUGGACAGCAGCUAUUCUAUCUGCUCUUGGAGCUACAUUAGGCGUGAUAGUGGAUUUAGAUCAGAAAACUUCAAUCAUUCUAUCAGCAUGUAUAGCAUUGGUUUAUACAUUAUUUGGUGGAUUAUAUUCCGUUGCAUAUACAGAUGUUGUUCAGUUAUUCUGCAUAUUCUUUGGCUUGUGGAUUUCUAUACCAUUCGCCAUGGUUAAUGAAGCAACAGUGCCAAUUACACAGACAUGGAAUAAAUGGAAAGGUAGCGUUGAUCCAAUGGAUAGCUUCUUCUAUGUGGACAACUUAUUGAUGUUAAUUUUUGGUGGUAUACCUUGGCAAGUUUAUUUUCAGCGUGUACUGUCAUCAAAAACUGCAAAUCAAGCGCGUAUUUUAAGUUUUGUAGCUUCAAUUGGAUGUUUCGCUAUGGCGAUUCCGUCAGUUUUAAUUGGAGCUGUUGGAGCAAGUACAAAUUGGACAAUGACAAAUUAUAAUACAACUUCAGAAUUACCAAGUACACCAGAAGAAAUGAAAUUAAUUCUACCAUUAGUAUUACGUUAUCUAUGCCCACCAUGGAUAUCAUUUGUUGGUUUAGGUGCAGUUUCAGCUGCUGUCAUGUCUUCAGCCGAUUCCUCAGUUCUAUCCGCUGCAUCAAUGUUUGCUAGGAAUGUUGUCAAAGCAAUAUUUUGGCAAAAAGCUAGUGAAAGACAAGUUUUAUGGAUAAUGCGUGCAAGUAUAUUUGUUAUUGGAGCAUUUGCAUGUUGGUUAGGUAUUAGUAUCCAGUCAAUUUAUGGUUUAUGGUAUUUAUGCUCAGAUCUUGUUUAUGUUAUUUUGUUUCCACAAUUGAUUUGUGUUCUAUAUGUUAAGUUUUCAAAUACCUAUGGUUCAUUAUGCAGUUAUUUGAUUGGUUUAUUUGUUCGAUUAACUAGUGGAGAAAGUGUAUUAAAAUUGAGACCAUUAAUUGUUUAUCCUUAUUUUGUUGAUGAUCCAAAUGAUUUUUAUCAACGAUUUCCAUGUAAAACAUUUGCUAUGCUAAUCAGUUUUAUAGUUAGUGUCUGUAUAUCAUAUAUUACGGAUAUUUAUUUCCGAGCAGAUUCAAAACGUUUAAAAUAUGAUAUAUUUCGUUGUUAUAAAGAACGUCAAUCUAUGACAGGUUCAAUACGUAUUGGGAAUCGUUUUAAUCGACCAUCAAUUAAAACUACACGAUUACCGCGUAAAGGUGAAAAAUUAGAAAUUCUGAAUGAUAAUAUAACACAGGAAUUAGAAACAAUGUUAGUCAUAACAAGCGCCAUAACUGUCACUACAACUACUACAUCGAAUUCAAAUAGUCUAAACUUACAUAAACCAACAUAAAUGGUUUCAAUGAACGAAUCAAUGCCAAAGAAAGUCAAUGAUGGUCUUGAUUAGAUUAAACUCAUUAUAUAUUUGGUGAACAGUUUUAAAUACAUAACCAAAACAUUUACCUUUGAAUAUAUUCAAACAAAUGGCAUACAAUUCAAUAAAAUUAAUAUUCAUUCCAUUUAUUUAAAGAAAACAAACUUGUUCUAGACUUUUCUUAUUUUCAUUCUUUAUUACCGUUGAAUAUAAAAUUUUAUUUAUCCCAUCUUAUUUGUUUAUUUGUAAACAUUGCAAUUAUAAAAAUUUAUUUAUUUAUUUAUUUAUUUGAUAUCUUUUCUAUUAUCGACCAAUCAAAAAUGGUGCGAUAAUUUAAAUUUCAAGGUUGUGAUCAUUUAAAUUAACCAUUAUUUAAAAUUUUAAAUGAUACUUAUUCAAAUCAAAGUUGUGAUUUCUUUAAUUCAGAUUAUUGUGAUUAUUAUUAUUAUUAUUAUAAUUAAUAGUUGUGAUAUAUAUUAAUUAUUAUUUAUUAAGUAGUCUUUUUAUUUAGUAUUAUAAUUAACUGUUUAUUUAUUUAUUAUUUAUAAAUUCAUUAUUCCCAUUGACUAUAACAUUGUUGAUUGAAUGAACUAUUCAGGAAUAUUUAAAACAAACAAAGACAAGAGAAAAAACAACUGUUUCACAUAGUCAUUAUUACCGAGUGUUUAUUUAUUUAUUUUCUUUUUCUUUUUGAUUGUUUGAAUAAACAAUAAUGCAGCUUUUGAUGUUUGUUUGUUUUGUUUUUUCUAAAAAGAAAGAAAAAAAACAUCUGAUUCUUCAAAUAAUCAAUAUUAUUUAUUUAUUUAUUUAUUAUAUCUGUCUUCUAUUAUCAUUGGUUGUGACUUUUUAUUGAUUGAUUGAUUGAUUAAUUGAUUAUCCUUAUAUGUUUAUUGUUUCUUGGGUAAUUUAUUGUAUUUUUUAUUAUUAUAUUACCCAAUAGAUUCUUUGAACUUGGAUACAUUUGCCUAUGUUUUACAACAAUCCAUUUAGAAAGGUUAUAGUUAAAAUCUUCAUAUGAUAAUGUAUUUAUUAUAAACUUAAAUAUUCAGUAAUCUUUAUAUUUGUCGUACAGUUUAUGCAAACAAUACAAAUUACUUAUACAUACUUAUUUAUCAUUACUUGAUAUAUAUAUGGAGAGAAAGAAAGAGAGAGAGAGAUGAUUACAUAAGCAACUCAUUCAUCCAUGUGAACAGGUAUAAUUAGAACAACACUGCUGUUUAUUGAAUAGACAAAUUGAAACUCAUAUUAAUAAAGUCUUGUAUAUCCAAUGAUGUUAUGUUAUUUGUGAACUAAUGUUAAAUUAUAUUCGUAUUCAUUAAAAUGAUUCUGGAUACUAA